CAAGUGCAUCUCAUCACCACCAACACACUCACUUCCCACCACCACCGCAGUCAUGGCAGAGCAGCUCGUCCUCCGCGGCACCCUUGAGGGCCACUCCGGCUGGGUCACCAGCUUGGCUACCUCGCUCGAGAACCCCAACAUGCUCCUCUCUGGUUCGCGUGACAAGUCCCUGAUCAUUUGGAACCUCACCCGCGACGAGACCAGCUACGGCUACCCCAAGCGCUCGCUCCACGGCCACUCGCACAUCGUCUCCGACUGUGUCAUCUCCUCUGACGGCGCCUACGCUCUGUCCUCCUCUUGGGACAAGACUCUGCGCCUGUGGGAGCUCUCUACCGGCCAGACCACCCGCCGCUUCGUUGGACAUAACAACGACGUCCUCUCCGUCUCUUUCUCCGCCGACAACCGUCAGAUCGUCUCCGGCUCGCGCGACCGCACCAUUAAGCUGUGGAACACUCUCGGUGACUGCAAGUACACCAUCACCGACAAGGGCCACACCGAGUGGGUCUCCUGUGUGCGCUUCUCGCCAAACCCACAGAACCCAGUCAUCGUCUCUGCUGGUUGGGACAAGUUCGUCAAGGUUUGGGAACUAUCCACCUGCCGCCUUCAGACCGACCACAUCGGCCACACUGGCUACAUCAACACCGUCACCAUUUCACCAGAUGGCUCUCUCUGCGCCUCCGGUGGCAAGGAUGGUACCACCAUGCUCUGGGACCUGAACGAGUCCAAGCACCUCUACUCCCUCUCUGCCGGUGACGAGAUCCACGCCCUUGUCUUCUCGCCAAACCGCUACUGGCUGUGCGCUGCCACUGCCAAGCAGAUCGUCAUCUUCGAUCUCGAGAAGAAGAGCAAGGUUGACGAGCUCCGCCCAGAGUUCCUCGAGGGUGGUGGCAAGGCCCGCGAGCCGGAGUGUAUCUCUCUCGCCUGGUCUGCUGAUGGCCAGACUCUGUUCGCUGGUUACACCGACAACAAGAUCCGUGCCUGGGGUGUCAUGUCCCGUGCUUAGACAUAUUGUGGCUUAAGAGAGGAUUCGGAAGCGGAUGAAGGUGGUUUGGAAAAGCAUUGCACGAUGAUGGUCGAUACGAGGAUCACAAGGUGUGCCUCAAGUGGUGGUGACAGGCAUACCUGGUUGACUUCCGAUGAAAGGUCGACUGGGGCACGUGCUCAGUUAGAUUCACGCAUGAAUGAAACAACUUGACUCAGCCCGCCU